CCAUGGCAACAGGAAGGUAAAAUGGCAGAAGCAAGGAUCGGCUGAAGGAAGUUGUGUAUUUUAUAUUGAGUAUAUUAUUUCACACGCUUGUUAUCCAUCGGAGCAGAAGAACAACUCCAUUCCUCCCACACGACAACGAGACGACGCUUCUUCUUGAGGCUGUGUCAAUGCUAGCAUGCUACAUUAGCCCAGUAGCUAAUGUAGCACUGGGCUUUAUUAUUAGCCAAGUAGCUAAUGUAGCUCAUGUUUACCAUCACAAUAUCACAACACACAAUACUGUGAUGUGACCACAGCUGUUUGUUAUUUUGAAGCAGCCCGGAAGCAAGUACAGAAAAUGUCUGCCUCUCUGUGUGAGACCAUGAAUGAGACCAUGAGUGAGGCGACUCAUUGGGGGAACGACUCUGAUGAUCGAAUCAAAAACGCAGUGGUGGUGUUGACCAGACUCCCAGAUUAUAAGAUCAGCGCUCUACGGCCCCCGACGCCGCUGCAGUUCUACAGUGAAGACGAGUCCCCCAGCAGCUCGGACUCUGACAUGCAGGUGGAGCCCGGAGAUGAUGACAGUGAUUCAGAUUAUUCCGUGUCAAACAACAAACCGAACACGGUGAGGAGGGAAGCACCGAGAGCACAAGCACCGAGAGCACAAGCAGCGUCAACAAGCGGCAGCAACAACAACAACGGGGCUGAAGUGGUGGCCGCCCCAAGCUUCGACCCUGAAUCAAAGGUCCGUCCUAACCUGCCAGAGGAAGAGGUCAAAGUGGACAUGGUGGUGCUGGCCAGACGGAGGGCCAUGACGUGGAAGCGAGGAAAAAUACUGGAAAUAGUGACAAAGGAAGAUGGACGGAUAAAGUACAAAGUUGGUUUUGAAGAAAGGGGGAAGAGCCUCGUCUCUGGACACCACAUCGCCUUCGACCAAACACCGACGCUGGAGCAGCUGUAUAUCGGCGCUCCUGUGGUGGUCCGGGUUCAAACCAACAAUCCCCUGUACCAGCCGGGUAUCUUAGCAGAGCUCCCAAGUAGAAAGAACCACUUAAGGUUCUUGGUCUUUUUGGAUGAUCACACACCGAUCUAUGUUAGUUUACCUCUUCUUCACCUGGUGUGCCGACCAUUGGAGGACGUUCUCGAGGGCCUUCCUGACAACAAUCACAGGUGUUUCAUGAAGCGCUACCUGAAGGAUUGGCCCUUCCCACAUUCAACCCAGUACAAAGCGGGACAGACCGUGCAUGUCGAGCUGAAUGGAGUCCAGACGAGUUGUGAGGUGCAAGAGGUCGACUGCAGCUUGAUAAUGGUCGAAUUUGAGACGAAUCAUCUCGAGCAGUGGAUCUACCGCGGCUCUGUAAGACUGCAGCAACACAUGGCAAGGAUAUUGGAAUCGAAUGAGAAUGAGGGGAAGUGAUUUCUGAUAUAUAUAUCUGAAAUAUGAUGCAUCAUGAGAGAUUUAACAUAAAAUAAGGAAGUUUUUCCAAUCAUGCUGCAAGUUUCUGAGAAGCUGGAACAACAGAAUUAGGAAAUAAGGAGGUUAUGUUUUCACCCUUGUUGUUUUUUUUGUUUGGUAAAUUGUUUCCAGCUAUAUUUUUCAAAAGAAUUCAAUGAAUUCCCAUUCAAUUAGGUUGAAUGAUAGGACAGGAGUCAAGAAAGAACCCAUUCAAGUGGAUUUGUACUAUUUAAUAUUGCAUCUUAUUUUAAUUAUUAGUAUUGUUUGUUAAAAAGUUCUACAUUGUUUAUUGGCUCCAUUGUCAGCCCCAUUUAAAGAAAUGUAUUAAACAUACAGUUUUUUCAAUCCUUA